GCAAGCGAGAUGGAAUGUGGAUGGGUUUUCUCACUCGGAAAGUUCUGGAAAAUGCUACCAGUUAUGAGGAUGCCAAAGGCCAGCUCUCUCUGACGAAACUGCUUGCACCCGCUUACUUCAUCUUGGGUGGUAACCGAACGGGUCAGGGUUGUGUGAUAACCAGGACGAGAAUAAACACAUUAGACAUAUGGGAACUUUAUAUGAAGCUUGGGAGAUGGUACGUCCUGGAAACAAACUAUGAUCACUGGGAAAAGCCUAUGAUAUUUGAUGACCGCAGAACACCUGCAAUGAAGUGCAUGAAUCAAACCACACAAGCGAAUAUUUCUCUGGCAUCAAUAUAUGAUGUUCUGUCUACAAAACCGGUUCUUAAUAAAUUGACAACCUACACGUCACUGAUGGAAGUGUCUACUGGAUCUCUGGAGUCUUAUAUCAGAGAUUGUCCAAAUCCAUGUACGCCAUGGUGAUCUGCCAUCAAAUCUGAAUUAACUAAGGCAUAUGAAAUACUGUUCUGGAUAUCUGUCAUUACAUGGCGGUGUAUAAGAAAAGGAGGAUGUUAAAAAUCAUAAUGGUUGCAAUUCUAUCUCUGAACUUGCACAUAUCUCUUCACAUGGACACGUCUGUUGUAACUGCUUUACCACUGCAACAUUUGUGCAAUUGUUUCAAUUUUGCAUAACAAACUCUGAAUAACCACACAUUUUAAAUGGAAAUGUUUUUUUUAUAUAUUUUCUUUGAGUGUUGCCUUUUUCUUUAAUAUUUUGAUGAUAUAAGGAAAUCAGUUUUUCUGAAACCCUUGGUAAUGAUGCUGAAAAGUAUUUUUGUAAUUUAUACUGACAUUUUAUGUGUCUCUUGCUGGGACUGUGUUGAAUGUGUAAGUGGAGGUAUUACGAGUUACAAACAGUAAUAAAAUGUUUCAUCAACAAAGGCUAAA